CCAGGCUCCCAGCCCCCGGCGGUGGCGGUGGCGCCCGGAUCCCCCGCCCCCGUGAACGGACCGCCGGGCGUACGCCCGCCCUCGCUGGUCCCCGGCCGCCCCGCUCCGCCCUUUGCCUGUCCGCGCCCGCCCUCGACCCGCGAUUUCCCGGGCAAUAGCCGCGCGGCUGGGAGAUCCCUCCGGGCUCAAGUUGCAAGGGGGCGGGCCCGGGCCGGAGGUGGAGUCUCCCGCCAAUUGAAGCCUUGGCUAUAAAUUGAGCUCCCUGCACGCAGAAUCCCAGAUGCCGCACCAGGCCGCCUCGCGGUUGGUGGUCGGAGAGGGCGACGGGUCCCAGGGGGUCUCGGGUCCCGCGGCCACCAUGCUCCGCUCCCUGCUGCUUCACUCCCUGAGGCUCUGCGCCCAGACCGCCUCGUGCCUCGUGCUCUUCCCGCGCUUCCUCGGCACGGCCUUCAUGCUCUGGCUCCUCGACUUCCUGUGCAUCCGCAAGCAUUUCCUGCGCCGCCGUGGCCUGGAGCAGUCCGAGCCCGAAGCGGAGCUCAACAGUGACGGUGAGGAGGUGCCCCCCGACGACCCGCCCAUCUGCGUGUCCGACGACAACCGUCUGUGUACCCUGGCGUCGCUCAAGGCCGUGUGGCACGGUCAGAAGUUGGAUUUCUUUAAGCAGGCGCACGAGGGCGGGCCGGCUCCCAACUCCGAAGUGGUCUUGCCCGACGGCUUCCAGAGUCAGCGUAUCCUGGACUAUGAGCAAGGGAACCGCCCGCUGGUGCUCAAUUUCGGCAGCUGCACCUGACCACCGUUCAUGGCGCGCAUGAGCGCCUUCCAGCGCCUGGUGACCAAGUACCAGCGCGACGUUGAUUUCCUCAUCAUCUACAUCGAAGAAGCCCACCCCUCAGACGGCUGGGUCACCACAGACUCCCCCUACAUCAUCCCACAGCACCGGAGCUUGGAGGACCGGGUCAGCGCGGCUCGGGUACUGCAGAGAGGCGCGCCUGGCUGUUCUCUGGUCCUGGACACCAUGACCAACUCCAGCAGCUCGGCCUAUGGCGCCUACUUUGAACGCCUCUAUGUCAUCCAGAGUGGUACCAUCAUGUACCAGGGAGGUCGAGGCCCUGAUGGCUACCAGGUCUCGGAGCUGCGCACCUGGCUGGAGCGCUACGAUGAGCAGCUGCACGGCCCUCGGCCAGGCCGGUUGUAAAUAACGGAGGAACAAUUUCCUGAACUUGGUGGGCUGGGCCUUGGGCUUUGGAAGCCCCCUUGCAAGCGCCAGCAGCGAAGUCGGGCAUGGUGAGACCCAAGAACACAGAUGCACUGAGCCAUAACUCCGGCUGGGUCUGGCACUCAGCCACUAAGACUAGCCUCCUUAGGACUCGUGACUCACUUGUACCUGCCCGGCUGGCUUGAAAUCCCCAUAGGAGUCCCGGGGCAACGCGCGCGCACCCAAUCCUGUGCGCCCCUAGGCCUGGCUCCCGCGCGACUCUGGUACACCUGCUCCCCAGCGCGCAGCCAGCCAGCCGGGUGCGCGGUGCGCGCAUCUCCAAAUGCAGACACCUUGGCCACGCCCGCGCGCCGGGAGCGCAGCUGGGUUCCAGCAGCUCUAGGCUGUGCUAGUUGCCUGGCACCCACCUGUCGCGCGCAGGGAACCCUGCUGCCUUCG